AUGGCAUCGAAGCCUCAACCCAUCGCCGCCGCAAACUGGAAGUGCAACGGCUCCGAGAGUUUGCUUGUCCCACUCAUCGAGACGCUCAAUGCAGCGACUUUUGAUCACGAUGUGCAAUGCGUGGUUGCGCCCACCUUUCUCCACAUCCCAAUGACGAAGGCGAGGCUCACCAACCCCAAGUUCCAGAUUGCCGCACAGAACGCGAUCACAAGGUCGGGCGCUUUCACGGGGGAAGUCUCUCUGCAGAUCCUCAAGGACUAUGGAAUCAAGUGGGUUGUGUUGGGCCACUCGGAACGGCGUUUGUACUACGGCGAAACGAACGAAAUCGUUGCGGAAAAGGUGGCGCAGGCCUGCGCUGCCGGCUUCCAUGUCAUCGUCUGCGUUGGUGAAACCAACGAGGAGCGGGAAGCUGGCCGCACGGCAGCCGUCGUGUUGACGCAGCUCGCCGCCGUCGCGCAGAAGCUUAGUAAAGAGGCGUGGGCUCACGUCGUUAUUGCCUACGAGCCCGUGUGGGCAAUCGGCACCGGUAAAGUGGCAACCCCGCAGCAGGCGCAGGAGGUCCAUGAAUUGCUGCGCCGUUGGGUGCGGAGCAAAUUGGGCGCUGACAUCGCCGCGCAACUGCGCAUCUUGUAUGGCGGAUCCGUGACCGCCAAAAAUGCACGCACGCUCUAUCAGAUGCGCGACAUCAACGGCUUCCUUGUGGGUGGUGCCUCGCUCAAGCCGGAGUUUGUUGAAAUCAUUGAGGCCACGAAGUAG